AUGUCGAAACGCAAACGGUUGAGCAAAGUUUUCCGAUUCCCUUUCCGUGACCAGGCGCUGUCCCGGCAUGCCGCACCAAGUAAGGGGACCCAACAAGCGUCUGCAUCGUCUACACCAAACAUUGCUGGUACCAAGUCUCAGCAAUUGCCCAGAGAUGGGUCGACAGGCCUUGUCCACAUGGAUCAAUCGAGUGUGAAAGACCCUGUCAGUAGUCGUCCAUUCACGCCAAAACUGACCUUGCGCACCAAUACUCUUGACUCAACUCAAACACUAGAACCGCCGGAGCAUGGACAAGCUGCAAGUCGUUUCCAGCGAGACUCGUCAGUCCGUACUGGUCUCGGACUGAAUCCGGGACCGUACAGGCCUUCGCCUCUACGUCAGCAGGGCAUUGCCAACACAGCUCAGCCAUUAUUGGAAGAGACGCCGAAACUGAAGCAACUCUUCCCUCUGACAAUCCCGGUCAGAUGUCACAUCCGCUUCAACACAAAUCAUCAACUCCAGCGACUUCUCAGGAAUGCUCACUUGAAUUCCGUAUCGGCAGUCGAUGAAGACGACAAUUGGAGCUUUGAGACAAAAGAGAUCGACCUUCCGGAUCAAGAGAUUGAGUGGUACAAGCAUGACGCUUACCACUCGUUGCAGCCCAAAAAGCAUAUGCAAAAGAUUACUGACGGCCAUCCGGACGUGCGGGAGGAAAGCCUCUACAUCAGACACGGCUGCUUCACAGUUGAAGGCCCACCAGAGCUGCGACAGAAUUUGAAGUUCGUCAGAUUUGCAGAUGUGACCGAGCUUGCCCAAAAGUCUAUUCAUGCCAUCUGUGGCUUCAUUCAUGAACACCAGUAUAAAAGAUUCCAUCUGGAUGUCCACUGGGAGUAUUCAACUCUGCAGUUGUCGGUGCCACCUGAAUGUGCGAAUAGCUCUUUCUAUGAGAUCAUCAAAAAGGGGCUGGAAAGCAAGCUGGUGACAAACUUUCGUGGCCAGGAGUACAUCCCAAGGUGCGAUCUUGUCAUGUUUCAGCAGACCUCUGUGAUCCAGAACAUCAUCUCUCAAGAUCAAUCUCUUAGUCAUGGUGACAGAGAUGGCAUCCUUGAAUCAGCAGUCAGCAGAGCAACUCAUCUUCUGCUGAUGUGCGUUUACAACGAGCAACCGAUGUCGAUGUUCAAACAUCUACUUGAGGUCCAUGACAUCGAUGACGGUAAACUAGAAGCAUACGUGGGCCACGGAUACCCUCCUAUACAUGACGAGGUCUGUCAGCAGGAUCGCUGUCUAAAAGCGAUCAAAGCCAUCCGCCAAAGUGCACCUCAGUUCUUACCAUUGAAGGUGGGAAAGGAUCCACGUUUCAAGGUUUGGAAGAACGAUAUGAUCAUCCCAUUGCAUUUCUACGAUGAAGCGGAAGGGAAGCCUUUCGUAACUCUAGACGACGGUGAUGACGAAGACAUCACUGGGGACAGAGAGAUUGGAAGAGGCGCCAACGGACAAGUCUUGAAGAUCUGGGCUGAACCGUCUCUGCAUAGCCUCCCUGGAAGCUUGAAACAGACGUUUGCCCUCAAGAAGGCCAGCAAUAUCAGGCUGAAGGCCUUUGAAGCUGAAAAGGUAAUGCUCGAGAAGUUGUACGACUAUCCGCAUAGCCAUAUCACGCCUCAUUUCGGAAGCUGGCAGCAAGAUGACCAUACCUAUAUUCUACUCCCUAGUGCGAGGUGUAACUUACGGUACUACUUAACGACCAACCAACCGCCCCAGCUCAAAAUGACUGCUGUUAAGUGGUUCUUCGAUCAGCUUUACGGCCUUGCUGAUGCCAUCAAGCAUGUGCACCACAUCAAACCAGCAGGUACCUUGAUGAACCCCGAUCCCAAAGAACUCAAUUUUGGCUACCACCACGAUAUCAAACCGGAGAACAUCCUUGUCUUUGAGAAGGUCGCGGGUGUACACCCCGUUCUACAAAUUUCCGAUUUUGGAGCAGGCUCUCUGUAUGAUGCAGAUGCGCAGACGGCGUCCAGGCCAGUAGAUACCGUACGAGGAACGCGGACCUAUUUUGCACCAGCUGGAGAACCGGCCACCAGACCGGUAGACAUGUGGUCGCUCGGUUGCUGCUUCUUGGAGCUCACGCUAUGGUUGUUCGGCCUCCUCGAUCCAGUACACAGUGAACAGCCGUUCACUGAAGAGCGCAAGUACUUCCCCGGCCACGAUCCCAAAGACACAGAUGAUGGCUUCUGGUACCGGCGGAGGGACGGAAAGAUUGAGCUGAAAGAACCAGUCAUCAACAGAAUCGACUCGUUACGCGAGCGGUACUGUAAAGAUAUGGAAGUUUUUCAAAUCCUCCUCGAGGCCAUUAGAAGGCCUGACGGGCAGAGAUCACUUCUAACAAUCGACAAAUCCACGCGCAUGGAUGCCACAACAUUGGUCGACUGCCUGGAUAGUAUCCGAAAGCACAUCAACCUGCAGAUGCGUAAAAGGCCCGCCGAGGAUGAAGACGAUCUGUAUGCUCGGUAUUUCGACCGGAACUUGUAUGGUACGGAGCAGGCUUUGACACCGAUCGAUCCGUUCGAGCUGCGGACUUCAUUGACAACGAACCCGCCAUCGUCAGCACGAAACAGCUUUGUGGAAGAAGAGCCUACGGCCUCUGCUUCGCUACAACCGAAAUCGGGUCAACGUCAACGAUCUACGUCCAGCCUGGUCGUUCAAGCCGGCCAAGGUGCAGAAUACCAACCCCAAGCCAAUGGUUCUAGCCUUGAGGUCAAUGGCGUAAAUGGGAGGGCCAUAAGUCGAACGCCGUCUCCACCAGAUGAUUCACUUGCAAAUGAUCUUGAUAGACUGCAGCUCGAAACAUAG